AUGGGAUCUGACACCACCAAUUGCGGUGGCGGAAAUAAGAAAAUGAUACCGGAGUUAGUAAUGGAAGCAGUGAAGAGAACAUCGGAAAAUAUGGAAGAAAUGAAAACCCAUUUGCAACAAUUCAUGUCUUAUUGUGAUGCAGACACACUUGCCAAAGUAGAGCCUCUUGAAAGGGCUCAGUCCCUCUUCUUGCUUGCCAAAGCCACCAUCACUCUGUUCAUCGUUAAAUCACUUGAUGAUGAAAUGAGUUCUCGGAAGAAGACACCUUUUCAAAAGCAUAGAGAGGAGGAAGAGGCUAAGAAAAAAAGGGAGGAGGAUGAAGCAGCUCGGUUAUAUCAAGAGUUUGUGGAAUCCUUUCAAGUAGAUGAUACACCAGGGUCCAAGGCCUUUGUCCGAGGUGGUACCAUCAAUCCUAAUGAGAAGCUGAAAAAUUAUUCUGAAGGUGGAAAUUCCAAAGAUGAGGGUUCUGGUAUAAAGAAGGGGAGUAGGUAUGUGCCAUCGUUCAUUCCACCUCCUAUGGCAACAAAGGGUAAAGAAUUUGAAAAGAAGAAGGAGGAGAAGCCAAAAGAGAAAGAAAAAGGGAAAUCCAGGAACAUUGAUCAUUUCAUGGAGGAGUUGAAACAUGAACAAGAAAUGAGGGAGAGGCGUAAUCAAGAGCGUGAGCAAUAUUCUGAUACGCGUUAUGGUGAUAAUUCUGCUCCCUCCAGCCGGUUUGAUGAGCUGCCAGAUGAUUUUGAGAUGGGAAAAUUUGGAUCAUUUGAUGAUGGAGAUCCACAAACUACAAAUCUUUAUGUUGGAAACUUGUCACCUCAGGUAGAUGAGAAUUUCCUUUUACGAACUUUUGGAAGAUUUGGUCUUAUUGCUAGUGUGAAAAUAAUGUGGCCGAGGACAGAAGAAGAACGAAGGCGUCAAAGAAAUUGUGGUUUUGUAGCUUUCAUGAAUAGAGCUGAUGCUCAGGCUGCAAAGGAUGAAAUGCAGGGAGUAAUCGUUUAUGAAUAUGAGUUGAAGAUUGGGUGGGGUAAAUCAGUUUCUCUUCCAUCACAAGCACUUCCCGCUCCCCCUCCUGGACAAAUGGCCAUCAGGAGUAAGGAGGGUGCAACUGUCAUCUUGUCUGGUCCAUCUGGCCCUCCGGUAACCUCUGUUCCUGGCCAAAAUUCUGAGCUGGUUCUUACUCCAAAUAUACCUGAUAUUAAUGUUGUUGUGCCUGACGACAAUCAUCUUCAACAUGUUAUUGAUACAAUGGCACUCUAUGUUCUCGAUGGAGGUUGUGCUUUUGAGCAAGCUAUAAUGGAGCGGGGUCGUGGGAAUCCUCUCUUUAGUUUCUUAUUUGAGCUUGGUUCAAAGGAGCAUACUUACUAUGUUUGGAGGCUUUAUUCGUUUGCUCAGGGGGAUACACUCCAGAGAUGGCGGACAGAGCCUUUCAUUAUGAUAACCGGUAGUGGGAGAUGGAUACCACCUCCUCUACCAACUGCCAAAGGCCAGGAGCAUGAGAAGGAGGCAGGGAGCACUUUUGCUGCUGGGAAAGGCAGGCGUGUGGAGGUGGAACGAAGCCUGACUGAUGUGCAAAGAGAUGAAUUUGAGGACAUGCUGCGUGCCUUGACAUUGGAAAGAAGCCAGAUUAAAGAAGCCAUGGGUUUCUCAUUGGACAAUGCUGAUGCAGCUGGAGAGGUUGUUGAAGUCUUAAGCGAGUCUUUGACACUUAAAGAAACACCCAUUCCAACAAAAGUUGCGCGACUUAUGCUUGUUUCGGAUAUACUUCACAACAGUAGUGCUCCUGUAAGGAAUGCUUCUGCUUACCGGACCAAAUUCGAAGCAACUCUGCCAGACAUUAUGGAAAGCUUUAAUGACUUGUAUCGUAGUAUAACAGGACGAAUGUCAGCUGAGGCUCUUAAGGAACGUGUUCUAAAAGUUCUUCAAGUAUGGGCUGAUUGGUUUCUGUUUUCGGAUGCAUAUGUGAAUGGACUGCGAGCUACCUUUCUCAGAUCAGGUAACUCAGGUGUGAUACCUUUCCAUUCUAUAUGUGGCGAUGCACCUGAGUUAGAGAGGAAGACUAGUUCUGAAGACAAUGGUGACGGGGAAAAGAUUAAACAGGAUACUGCUUUGGCAAUCGGUAAAGGCGCUGCCAUGAAGGAGUUGCUGAAUCUACCCCUUUCUGAGCUGGAGAGACGAUGCAGGCACAAUGGGUUAUCUCUUGUCGGUGGAAGAGAAAUGAUGGUUGCUAGGUUACUUUAUCUGGAGGAGGCAGAAAAGCAAAAGGGUUAUGAGUUGGAUGAUCAAUUGAAGUCUACACAGAAUCAGUCAAGUUCAGGUAGAUACCCAAGUGGGCCAAAAGAGACCAAUUUUGACUUGGAUCCAGUGGGAGUGUCUGGCUGGAAUAGUUAUACAGAGGAUGAUAUGCAAUCUAAAGGAAGAGGAUCCACGUCCUUGCCCCUAUCAAAUCUCAUUUUACAGCCUGAACUCAACUCCUUAAUGAGUGAAGGAGAAAACAAAUUCAUCCUGCCAGCCUCCAAGUGGGCAAGAGAAGACGAUGAAAGCGACGGUGAAGAGAAAAGAAGUCCACGGGAUCUGGGGUUGACGUAUUCGUCUUCUGGGAGCGAGAAUGCUGGCAAUGGUCUCAUUAAAUCUGAGGACAUGGAGCUCACUACUGAUGCAAGCAAUUCAGCACAUCUUGAUGGUGGGAUGAAUGAAGAACAGAGACAAAAGUUGAGGCGCCUUGAAGUUGCUUUGAUGGAAUAUCGCGAAUCUCUUGAAGAGCAAGGAAUAAGAAGUCCUGAGGAAAUUGAGAGAAAAGUUGCAAUCCAUCGGAGUCGGUUACAAUCUGAAUAUGGUUUACUGGAUUCCAACCCAGAUGUUUCUGGCAGAAAGAGGGAAAGAAGAGAUGAUUCCCGUGAUCCUUCAAAAAAACAACGUCACAGCCAAGGCAGAAGUGAAAGUCCUCAAAGGAAAUUAUCUGCCCAAGACAGAGGGAGGGAUAGUGAUGCGAACAGAGAUAGGGAACUGCGUCGUGAUCGGGAAAGAGGUCAUGAUCUCGAAAGUGAAAGGAUAAAGGACCGUGACCGGGAUCGGGAUCGUGAGAAGAGUGGAAGCAGGGAGAGGGGUGACUAUGACAGAGACAAGGCAAGAGAACGGAGCAGGGACAGGGACAGGGACAGGAGACGUAUCAAAUGA